AAACCGGAAGCACGUGGUCGACGUACAGCGAGCUCUUACAAAAAAUCUCUUAAUUUUACCCUGACGAAAAGACUCUGAUUGUACGAUCGAAAAAGAGAAUAAUCGCUUCGGCAAAAACUUUUGCGUCGUUCUCUACGGCUCGCGCAUGGUUUUUGCCUACGCAGAAGUAUUGCGCGAUAUCCGCGAUAUUAAGCGUAAAUAAAAAUGUUUGACACAUUAACCUGUACUUUUCGAACUAUCUGAUAUAAACAGUGCAUAUACACACACAGCUAUGAAUAAAUAAAUGUGACUACAUAACGCUUUUGAUGGUGCAAACAUUGAAUUUUUUUUACGAAAUCUCUCGUCAUGUCUUCUUUACUGAAAGUCUACAAAAAUUUAAUUGUCAAAUAUCCGUUGAGAGCUCAAGCCGUCCAAGCUGGAAUUCUCAUGGCAACUGGCGAUCAAAUCGCUCAAAAUUUCAUAGAAAAACGCCAAUUCAACGACUUGGAUUUUCUUCGUACUUCACAAUUUUUUGCCAUCGGUUUCUGCGUUGCUGGUCCCGUGACAAGAACCUGGUAUGGUUUGCUGGACAAAUUUUUUGGUUCGAAGGGUGCAACGGCUGCAUUAAAAAAGGUUACCUGUGACCAAUUACUUUUUGCACCUUGUUUCAUCGUUGUUUUGUUGACUACCAUUGGUCUUAUGCAAGGCAAUGAAAUCGCAAGUGUCAAAGCAAAAGUUGAAAACGAAUUCAGUGACAUUUUACUCAACAAUUAUAAGGUGUGGCCACUCGUCCAGCUCGUUAAUUUUUCCCUGACACCAUUACAAUAUCAAGUACUAGUUGUACAAGUGGUAGCAAUAUUUUGGAACUCGUACAUUUCUUACCGAACGAAUAGAGAUCUGCAAACUGUUCAAAGUCUAGAACCAAACCUGAGAUGAUAUCGACAAUUACUUUUCCAAGUCUUUGAGAAUUUUUAUAGCAACCUCGUUCUUCCACAUUUCCCGUUGCAACAGAUCGACUAAUUUUCCAUUAACUAAUGAAGUUUGAGAGUUUCUAAUAUUAAGAAAAAAUGAUCGAAUUUUAUUCAACCAAAUGUACAGAAAGUUGAUAACUUUCUUAAGAAAAUAAAAAAUAAAAUAAACUGAUGGCAUUUUCCAAGAA